CAGACAAUAGAAUGUGUAAACAUGGCUAGGACAGUAAAUCAACGUCACUUCUAGUUGGCUAACCACGGAUAAUAGACAUGGUGUCGACAAACAGUGUUUCAGUGCUCCUGCUUAUUUUAUUCAUCACAGCAUUAACAGUAGCCCAUGGGCCUCCAUCGGACCGAGACAAUGAAGAUAUUGCUAUGGGCCGAAAGAUGGGAGCGAAGUGGUGCAGCAUGGCGAAGGUGUGCAACCACGACCGCGUGCCCAUCUGUGGGAUCAGCCACGCUGGUGAUGUCAUGGGCUUCAGGGACCUCUGCGACAUGUUUGACUUCAACUGCAUUAGGAGACGAAAUUAUAAGCAGACUGCGUGUCCAGAAGACAAAUCCAUCCUGACUGUGUCCCGCAGACCGACUAAUAGCUACUACGAUGAUUAA